GAGUCGACGAUGGUACAUUCCCCAUGACAUCUCGAGUUGAGCUAGCCUCGCUGCUCUCAUGCUCGAGCAUCACCUGGCACACAAGAUUCACUUUUUAAGCAAGCAGGACGCCGUCGUUAUCCGUCUUAUUUGUGACAUUUUGGCGUUCGCAACCUCUCCUAAAUCGUCAAAAUGUGUGCGGCCAAGAAAGAAGACUUGUCCCCUAGCGAAAAGGAGCUGUUUGACGUUAUCACGACAGGAAAUGUCCAAGAGGCAUCCAGACUACUGGGCUGCAAAGAUGUCAAAGUCAACUGCCUGGAUGAGUACGGCAUGACGCCGCUGAUGCACGCCGCCUACAAGGGCAAAGCUGACAUGUGCAAGCUCCUGCUGAGGCACGGCGCUGACGUCAACUGCAACGAACACGAGCACGGAUACACCGCGCUCAUGUUCGCCGGACUCUCGGGGAAGACUGACAUCACGUGGAUGAUGUUGGAUGCUGGGGCUGAGACGGACGUGGUCAACUCUGUAGGGAGGACCGCAGGGCAAAUGGCCGCCUUUGUGGGGCAACACGACUGCGUGACGGUGAUCAACAACUUCUUCUCUCGUGCCCGACUGGACUACUACACCAAAGCUCAGGGCCUGGAGAAGGAACCCAAGCUGCCCCCCAAGCUGGCCGGACCCCUGCACAAAAUCAUCAUGAGCACCAACCUCAAUCCUGUUAAGAUGGUGAUGCUGGUGAAGGAGAACCCGCUGCUGGCCUCGCCGUCGGCCCUGGACAAGUGCCGUCGCGUGAUGGAGGUCAUCUGCGAGAAGUGCAUGAAGCAGCGCGACAUGAACGAGGUGCUGGCCAUGAAGAUGCACUACAUCAGCUGCGUGCUGGGCAAGUGUGCCUCCUUCCUCAACGAGCGUGACGACCAGCUGGACGGACUCAUCAAGAGCCUGUUGAAAGGCCGAGACGGCGACAGUUUUCCAGUGUACCAGGAGAAGUUCAUCCGUGAGUGCGUGCGCAAGUUCCCCUACUGUGAGGCCACGCUGCUGCAGCAACUGGUGCGCAGCAUCGCUCCUGUCAGCAUCGGCAAUGACCCCACAGCCCUGUCUGUGCUGACGCAGGCCAUUACGGGUCAGGUUGGCUUCAUGGACGCAGAGUUUUGCACUUCGUGUGGAGAAAAGGGAGCCCAGAAAAGAUGCUCCAUCUGUAAAAUGGUGAUCUACUGCGGCCAAGCGUGUCAGAAGUUGCAUUGGUUCACCCACAAGAAAGUCUGCAAGAAGCUUCAGGAGCAGCGGGAGCAGCAUCAAGCGCAAAGCGACCAAGUCAAGGAGGAGAGUGAAGCUGUUGAGGAGGCCUCAGAGUCCAUGAAGCAGCUAAACGUGCACGCCAACAGGCAGACCGCCUCCGCACAACAUUGAGGACAUCACAAGAUAUAUAACACAACAAAACACGACACAUCCACUCACUGAACGCAACCAAGCCAAACCACUCUAGGCCUCCAGCGGACAUUUGAGGCCACUGCGUCCUUUUUGUCUUUUGUGAAACUCAAAUUCUGUCUCGAGUGGAGCGGAGACAAAAAGUGACAAACUUGCAGAAUCACAACAAUCCCAAAUAUGUAUUUUGAAUAUUUAUAACCACGGUAUUAUACUGUACGUGCAUUUAUUAGCGUCGUGUUGGGUUUGGUUUCCAUACAUGCGUUGAAUAAAUAUCACUUUUAAUUCA